CUUCGAUGAGAACAAGCUCUCGGCUUCGAUGAGAACGAAGCUCGAUUUCCUUCUAUUAAUGGCGGCUUGAGCUCCCCUACGAUCUCCCCGAGGAUAGCACUACGAACGAAGCUCUUGCUUUGUUCUUCCCCUCUCUCUACUAGGUUUUUCAUCGUGAGCUUGAGGAGGUGGUAGCGAUGGCGCAGGUGGUGGCGGCUGUUCGAACCGUGCAGGUUUCAUGCCCUGGAUCCGGUCGUGGGGGAGUCUUGCGUGAAAAGCUUAAGCCGGAGAGUGUUCCGAUGAGGUUCUACAAAGCGAAGGAGAGGAGUAGUAAAGGUCGGUGCUGGUCGCCGGUUGUCGCCGUGGCUAAUAGAUUGUCUCGGCUUGAGACUGAGGUUCUCCCUGUCUCGCCGGAAGAUACUGUAAAGGAUGAAGAGCAAUUCAGGCAUCUGAAGGGGAUGCAGCAACUUAAUGAUGGAUCGUCUGGGGUGUGGUUGAAACCCAAUGUGAGGCGCAAGACAAAGAUUGUGUGUACCAUAGGUCCCUCUACCAACACCAGGGGGAUGAUUUGGAAGCUUGCGGAGGCUGGUAUGAAUGUUGCUAGGAUGAAUAUGUCUCACGGAGACCAUGCAUCCCAUCAGAAAGUCAUUGAUUUGGUUAAGGAGUAUAAUGCUCAAUCAAAAGACAAUGCUAUUGCAAUUAUGCUUGAUACCAAGGGUCCAGAGGUUCGGAGUGGUGAUGUGCCACAGCCAAUUGACUUAGCACCUGGUCAAGAGUUCACCUUCACAAUAAAAAGAGGGGUUAGCACAGAGAACUGUGUCAGUGUCAAUUAUGAUGACUUUGUUAAUGAUGUUGAAGUUGGUGAUAUGCUCCUUGUAGAUGGAGGAAUGAUGUCCUUGGUGGUUAAGUCUAAGACUGAAGAUUCUGUUAAGUGUGAAGUCGUUGAUGGAGGCGAACUUAAAUCAAGGCGGCACCUAAAUGUUCGAGGGAAAAGCGCUACUCUUCCAUCUAUCACUGAAAAAGAUUGGGAAGAUAUCAAGUUUGGCGUGGAGAAUGGAGUAGAUUAUUAUGCAGUUUCAUUUGUCAAAGAUGCACAAGUUGUCCAUGAAUUAAAGGAUUAUCUACGGGACUGUGGUGCUGACAUACAUGUGAUGGUGAAAAUUGAAAGUGCCGACUCCAUUCCAAAUCUGCAUUCCAUUAUUACUGCAUCUGAUGGGGCUAUGGUGGCCAGAGGUGACCUUGGAGCUGAACUCCCAAUUGAGGAGGUUCCGCUAUUGCAGGAAGAGAUUAUCAGGUUGUGCCGGAGCAUGGGAAAAGCUGUUAUUGUAGCAACAAACAUGCUGGAAAGCAUGAUUGUUCAUCCUACACCAACACGGGCAGAAGUGUCAGACAUUGCCAUUGCAGUGCGUGAGGGAGCUGAUGCAGUCAUGCUUUCUGGUGAAACCGCUCAUGGAAAGUAUCCGCUUAAAGCUGUGAAGGUCAUGCAUACAGUAGCUUUGAGGACUGAAGCAACCAUUGUUGGAGGGGAAAAACCAGCUAAUCUCGGUUUGGCUUUCAAGAACCACAUGAGUGAAAUGUUCGCUUACCAUGCAACAAUGAUGUCAAAUACUCUAGGGACAUCAAUCGUAGUAUUUACCAGAUCUGGAUUUAUGGCUAUUCUGCUUAGCCACUAUCGACCUUCCGGAACCAUAUAUGCCUUCACAGAUAAUGAGAGAGUGAGGCAAAGGCUAGCCCUUUAUCAAGGCGUUUGCCCCAUAUAUCUGCAAUUCUCAAAUGAUGCUGAAAAGACCUUCACUGAUGCUCUCUCUUACUUGCAGAAGCAAGGAAUGGUGAAGGAAGGUGAGGAGGUAGCACUAGUACAAAGUGGUAAACAAGCCAUCUGGAGGUCUCAUUCCACACACAACAUCCAGGUCAGAAAGGUAUAAAAGUUACAAAGCACAUGGAUACAUGUCUACCAAUCUGGAGACUUCCAACUUGUUGAGCUAUCGAAAAAUCUUUUCAAACUUAUUAUUGUUGUUGUUAUGAUUGUUCACUAUUAGAUUGUUUGAUCUAAAUGUUAGAUUGCUUAAGAUUGAUUGCAAACUUAAAUAAAACUCUAGACUCCGUUCCUAGAUUUGCUGUC